GUUUGAUUGUUUUUUCUUACUUUCAGAGCUGGAAACUUGGGUGGUGAAGCUACUAUGGAUGUAACAUCUUCAUCUGGACCAGUACAAUUGGCAGAUCUUCAAAGAAUAUUAAGUAACAUUGGACCUACAGAUGCUACUGGAGAUCAGGAUGGAGGUUUGGAAUUAGGAGAUAUUCUAAAGCCUGAUCUAAUAAUGCCUUUGAUUGAGACAUUGUCAUUGGAACAGCAAUUAGCAUCAUAUUUGCCUGAGGGUCAAUGGACUCCUGAGGAUUUGAUGGACUUGUUUCAAAGUCCGCCUUUUCGUCAACAAGUAGAAGCAUUUACUUAUGUCCUUAGAACAGGGCAGAUUGAUCUCUCUCAGUUUGGAGUUGACCCUAGUAAAUACAAGUUCACUGUGUUGUCUUUCCUUGAGGCACUGGAGGACUCUGUUGCCAAAGCAUCGGAAGCUGAUGAGACAGCAUAAACAAGGCAGGAUGAGAACAAGAACCCCUGGUCUCGGAUAUGUAGGGGCAAAUGAUGCAAUUGAUGAAGGUUGAUAAUGAACACUUCAUAUACAUUCUCAUUGUAAAUGAUUAUAUUUGGUGAUGAAACAUAAAAGUAUGUUGUUCGGGGCAUGCAUUUGCAUUGAGUGAGACGGAUAAGAGAGAAAAGAGGAAAGGUUGUGUUAUUCCAUUGGUCUUAAUAUUUGUAUCCAUAAAUCAGUAAGCAUCACCAUUUUAUUUUUUUGGGUUCCUGUUAACCCUGUUACAUCUUUGGCUUUCUUGAAAUGGGAACAACUUCUUAUGACCAAAGUGGUGGGCUAACAAGAUGUAACCUUCUUUUUA